UUUCGGGAUUCUAGGGUUCCACGAGAAUGCACGCUGGGUUUUCUCUUCUUCUCUUCACUGAUCUCAUCGAUCCAUGAGAGAAUCGCAAGCAAGGAUGGGAAUUGCGCUCGCGAUUCUUCUCACAGCCGCAGCGAUCGGCGGCAGGGUAGAUUCGGUCACUCUGGAUGUCUCUCCAAAGGUUCUUGACCGCUCUGGCGAGAUUAUCACGGUGGAAUGGUCGGAUCUGGAGUCGCCGUCGCCAUUGGACUGGAUCGGGAUCUACACGCCACCGGACAGUCUCGAUGGUAAUUUUAUCGGGUAUCUUCUCCUCUCUUCUUCCUCCGCGGCUUGGCGAGAGGACAAAGGAUCGCUCCAGCUCCCACUGGUAAACAUGCGAGCGGCCUAUCAGCUCCGGCUCUUUCGAGGGAUUCCUCCAUCCAAGAGCUCGCGAUUCGACGAGGAUGGAAAUCCUCUUCCAAGCACAGAUUCCCGACUGGCAGUGUCGGAUGAUGUCCAGUUCGCGAGCUUCAACGAGCCAACGCAGAUCCAUCUCUCUUUGACAUCGAAUUUCGGGGAAGUUCGUGUGAUGUUUGUGACCAGAGACGCGCUAGAGUGUUUUAUACUCUAUGGAACAGAGCAGGACUCUCUGGAUUUGACAGUGGCGACGAAGUCGAUCACUUACCAGCAAGGUGAUAUGUGUGACGAGCCGGCAAACACUACUCUGGGGUGGAGAAAUCCUGGAUAUAUUCACGAUGGUGUUCUUGGAAAGCUCAAGCCCAGCAAGCGAUACUUUUACCAGGUGGGAAGCAAGGAGGGAGGAUGGAGCAAAACGUACAGCUUCGUCUCGUCCCCGGAAGAAGGUGACGAGACAAACGCUCUUCUUUUCGGAGAUUUGGGAACCACGGUACCUUACAAAACGUUCCUUUGGACGCAAGCCCAGAGCGCUAGCACUCUCAAGUGGCUGGAGCGCGAGUUAGACGAACUCGAGGACAAGCCAACGUUUAUCUCUCACAUUGGAGACAUAAGCUACGCUCGAGGAUACGCUUGGCUCUGGGACGAGUUCUUUCACCGCAUCCAGCCGGUAGCAGCGAGAGCUCCCUACACCGUUUGCAUCGGCAACCACGAGUACGACUGGCCUUUGCAACCCUGGAAGCCGGACUGGGCGCUGAGAGUCUAUGGAACCGAUGGAGGUGGUGAGUGCGGCGUCCCUUACAGUCUCAAGUUCCAGAUGCCUGGGAAUUCGACGCUCCUGACCGGGACAAAGGCACCAGCGACGAAGAACCUCUACUUCUCGCUCGACUUCGGCGUGGUACACUUCCUCUACUUCUCAACCGAGACGGACUUUCUCCCCGGAAGCAGACAGUACGAGUUCAUCGUCCGGGAUCUCGAGGCCGUAGACAGGAGCAAGGUGCCGUUCGUGGUGGUGCUCGGUCACAGGCCGAUGUACACGAGCAACCACGAGGUCCGAGAUGGUCCAGUGAGAUCGAGAAUGCUGGAGCACCUCGAGCCGGUGUUGGUGAAGAACCGAGUGGACGUUGUGCUCUGGGGACACGUCCACAAGUAUGAGAGGACCUGUGCCGUGAAGAACUUCAGCUGCGCAGCCGCGGAUGGAUCAAGCUUUGCUCCGGUUCAUGUGGUGAUUGGGAUGGGCGGACAGGACUGGCAGCCGCAGUGGGAGCCUCGCAGUGAUCAUCCAGAGUAUCCAAUCUUCCCGCAGCCCGAGUGGUCCGUGUUUAGAAGUGAGGAGUUUGGCUACGUGAGGCUCCACGCCACAAAAGAGCUCCUCCGGCUGUCUUACGUGGGGAAUGGCGAUGGUGAAGUCCACGACUACGUCGAGAUUCCAGCUUCCUCCUCGAUGCUACUGUCUUCGUCCCAGCAAAACGCGGUGAGGUCCAUCGAUCGCGCCGGGAGUGGUGCGAAUUAUUUCUUCACUGCGAGCUUGUGGUUUGCUGUGGGAGGCUUCUUCGCGGCGGCGAUUCUUCUGAGUGUGUGGAAGAAGCGCUCGGACUCCAAGGUGGAGUGGAAGCGUUUGGAGAUGAGGCCUUUGGAAGUCUAGAAGUCAGACAUAUAUAUAUGCCAAGUUUCGGCAGGCAAAGCUUGUGAGGCACAAGAUCUUUGAGACGCUGGACAAGUUUAUAAUAAGCAAGAGAAAGGUGGAGAUCCAGGAAGGAAA